AUGUUAAGAUUAUUAUUAUUUCGACGUUGUUUAUCUACAGCCACAAAAAAAUUAGUCGUUCCUGAAAAAAUACAUCGUUCGCCAACAUCGAUACUUGAAACAUUAAAUUCAUGCGUUGAAUUAGAAGGACAAAAUCCUCAUUAUGUCUAUAUAGAUGAUCCAUUUUUAAUACCAACCGUUGGCUAUGAAAAACGUUCACUUGCUCUAUCAAAAGCAUCAGGAAAAAAAGCUGCCAGAUGGAUAAUCGACAAAUAUUCUUAUGCAUUUCAGAAUGAUGUUGCACAACCAUCGAUACCUUCAUUUUUGCCUAAUUAUACAUUCAAAGAAACAGAAUUUAUUGAACCGGAUGAAUCGACUAUUUAUAAAUUAAUAAAUUGGAAUAAAUUAAUUCAAGCCUAUGAAAUGUAUAAAAAAUGUCGUGAUGAUAAUAUCGAAAUAUCGGAUACAUGUAAAUUUGCAUUAUUUGAUUUAUUAUGCAUUCACAAUAGUCAAGAUCCAAUGCAACAAUUAUUACCAGAAGAAGAUUGGUAUCGACGAGAAGUAAAUGAAUCGGGAGUGGCGAAGAAGACUUGGAAAGAGAAUGGUAUUACUGAACAAUUUUUUGAAGAAUUAAAAAAAUUAUCACCGAAUAAUAAUCGAGUAUACAAUUCCAUCGUCUGUGGUAUGUUAAAACAUUUGCAAUGUGAAAAAGCAUUGGAAAUAAUAGCAGAAAUGAAAGAAAACAAUAUCAAAUUAAAUAUCGUUACGUAUAAUUGGCUAUUACGAUCAGUAUCAUCCAUAAAAGAAAAUUAUAAUGCCAGAUGGGAAUAUAUACUUGAUAUAUUAAAUGAAAUGAAAACACAUGGUAUUAGACCAAAUUUAAAAUGUUUUAAUUCAAUAUUGUAUACUCUACGACGUUCACCAUUAUCGGAGCAUAAUCCAACGUUAGCAUUAUCGAUAGUGAAUGAAAUGCGUACGUUAAAUAUAAAACCAUCCUUAGGUACAUGGUCACAUGUUAUCAUGAUUUUUUAUCCAAAUGAUCAUAUUGGAUCGGAUACGACAAUAUUACAACAGAUAAUGGAUGAAGUUCAAAAACAAUAUGAAGAAAAUGGAAAACAUCUAGAAUGGAUUGAUUCAGAUGAUAGUGAAUUUUUUUCAAAUGCAAUGUGGAAAGCAACAACAAGUUGUAGAGAUAUUGAUUUAGCUAAAUGUAUUCAUCGUUUUCUAUUAAUGGGUACAAAUGCUCGAUUUAUGCCUGAUAGUUUCAAAGAAAUGUCAUAUUAUAAUAAUUUUUUCAAAUUAUUAUUUCGUAUUGAUAUACCCGAUAAUGUCAUGCCAUACUGGGAAUCAUUAGUACCUAAUGUAUAUUCCCCAUCACAUCAAGUUAUAGAAGAAUUUCUUGAUUUUGUUUCUAAUUGGGAUCUUAAAGAUUAUUUUGUUCGUAUAUGGUCUGAUAUGGUGAUGUUAGGUUUAAUGGAUGAGAAAAACGCUGCACAAUCGCGACGUUUAUUAGAACGUUAUUUACAAUUACUUACACGUAGUAACGUUACUGAUGAUACUACGGAUAGACAACAACAAUAUGCAAAUGUUGGACGUACCAUAUUAAAACGUUUUCCAUUAAUUCGACACGAAGAAACUGAUACCGAUAAUGAUAUUGCACAGCAAUCAUCUGAACGUGGACGAGAAUCAUCUCGUAAUUCGCUAAAAAAAGACCAACCAUUCCAAUAUAAUGGAAAUCUGAUAAGUUAUUUAAUAUUACUUCUAUCACGUGGAAAUGAUUUUGAUGGUUCGUGGCAUUUAUAUAAUUUUUAUCAGAAUAAUCGAGAAUUUUUAAUUAAUCCGUUAACAGAUGUAUCACUCAUGGCAUUACUUAGUUUGUGUGUACAACAAAAAGAUACUGAUAAAUCAAUUGAAGUAAUACAAACGAUUGGAGAAUUGAGUUAUGAAUGUUUACCACAAGCAAUAGGAUUGUUAAAUGAAAAUGUCAAAUUAAAUGCAAAAUCAAGAUCAAAUUUAAAACAAAUACAAAAUGAAUCGAAAAUAGAAGCAGCAAAAGACGUGAAAAUUUUGUAG